AUGCACAUCCAGAAACCACACCUCCUCGCAUUAGUUUUAGUUUCUUCAGCCUGGGCGUACCCUCUCGGCCAGAUCAACCAAGGCCAAGAGAGCGCGCCUCAAGUAAAAAGUCCACCCAGCUCUGGGAAAAUCGAUCCAAUACUUCAUAAGAAAAGAGACGUUCCCAUCGCGGGCAUGCCCGCCGGGGCGUCAUUAAACUCACUCAGGGGACUCAUCAAGCGAGCCGACGCCCCAGAAAAUCCCACAGAAGAUGAGGCGCUGAAGAAAACAAACAACGAUAAAAAAGACGAAGCUGAGAAGCCUGGCAAUCCCACCGAGAAAACCGAUGGAGCUUCUCCAACGGAAGGUGCUACCCGAAAGACAGGCAAUCCCACCGAAAAGACCAAUGAAAAAACCACCGAAGAUCCCCAGCUGCCGAAAUCUCAGACCAACGGUAUAACAACUCCAGGAAACAAAUUACUCGCGCCAGUUCCGACCAAUCCAACUGUCAAACCUGAAGAUGAGAAGCCCAAGAAAGAAGAAAAAAAGGCGAGCCCACCGCCGGCUGGACAGCCAAUCACGCUCGAUGUACCUAAGAUCAAAGACCGUUUAGCGGAGCACCGCAAGACAUUCGACGAGUUCACCUCAAAAGUCAGGAACCAUGUCGACGAGAAGCUGGAGAAAAUAGCAGAGGGCCAAAAGAAAGGAGGCGAGCCGACUCCCAUCCCAAUUAAGCCCACCACCGAGGUGAAGAUACCCCCACCAGAGAACUCGGACAAAACUUCUAAAAAAGAAGACCCCAAAACGAGCGAAGAACCCGCACCACCAGUAAACAGUAUGGCGAUGUGA